CCUCCCCCGCAAUACCUGCUUGUGAUGCUCCGCUGAUAGCGUCCCUCACUUGCAUUCUUGAUUCAUUACGACGUAUACGACACCCACGCUACACUACACUAUAUUCUACGGUCUAUGGAAAAGCUAAUUGAGGCCUCAAGGCACCCACCACCUCUCUCUCCCAAGAACCAUUCGUCCUCGCGCCUAUUGCUCUGAUCCCGCGCUCUCGCAUCCCGUUCGCCUGGUUGGAGUACGCACCGCACAGCGUCACCUCCGCGUCGUUGUCGUCGUCGUCGUCCUCGCAAGUCCAGUCGGGAUGUCUUUUUGUCGCGCAUAUCCCGAUCCUGGAAUACUAUGAUGGCGGUGCUGCUGCUCGGACGGGUCGGGAGAAGAUGGUGCUUGCUGCUAGGAUGGACCCCGGUGGCGGGCUGGUGGUUGUGGAGCGCGUGAAGAGGGGGAUCUUUGCGUUGUUGAGGGUCGCCGAGGCGAUUGGGGAGGGGGAGUUGGUUGUUGCGGGGAAGGAGGGGGUGCGUGCUGAGAUUGGUGGGGGAGUUUAUGGUGAGGGGAUCGGACGUGAUGUGCAGGAAUAUGGGGAGGAAGAGGACAGUAAGGGCCAAGGUAGUGUUGGAGGGGGUGAGUGGUGGGCUGCGGCGAGGAUUGAGGAGCCUGAUGCUCGGGGCUUGCAGCAGGUGGGGAAGAGGGCCAAGGUGGAGGUUGCUGUUGUUUUUGCUGGGACGGUUGAGUGUGAGGUGCCGCCGUUUAAGGAUGCUGCUCAUGGCCAGGGCUCGCAGGCUGUGACGCCCCAGAUUGCCGUUCCGUUGGAGAGGAGCUCGAGCGUUUCUGGAGCGGAUGCUUGUGCUGUUGCUGAUGCUGAUGUUGAUGCGGGUGUUGAUGCUGUUCAGGUGCUGGCGCAGGAGAGUGCUGAUGCCCUACGGUCUCCGCAGGACUUCUUGGAGAACUUGCGCGAGCAGUAUUUGCAGGCGCUUUAUAUCUCGAAGACGUCUGUGGCGUACUUUGCUAAAGGUCCUCUUGCGCGCUGCCGGGCUGCGUUUCAAUCGUCCGAGUCCGAGGGCAGUAGACCUCAGGAUUUGAUUGAUUUUUACAGGGAAGCUAUCCUUGUCGCUAAGAAGAUGGAUCUCAAGUAUCGCGAGACCCUACCUGCUAUGCUUAGUGAUGUGCUACUUACUUUGUCGGAUGAUGAAACGGUAACCAGGAAGAAGAAACGCAAGAGCACAAAGAAGAAGCUUGGCAAGAAUGGGCUCUACCCUGAAGAAACUGAUCUGGUGCGCAAGUGGUGGAAGAACCGGACGCUCAGCGAUCAGGGACUGUCCGCGGAAGGCCCAACGUCGAGGGAGACGGAGUCCAAGAGGAUGAUUGCUGAUCUACGCCUGCGCGAAACGCAAUUGCAAAUCCUUCUCAUCUUGGAAACAAUGUCUCUUGAAGCGGCUGCUGCUGAGGGUGAACAGAGCAAACAGACUGACAAUGCUGAAGGUGCGCCAGAGGCACCCGCCAAGAAGGAGUCGAAGAACAAGAAGCAGCAAGAUUUGAACAACGUGCUCGAACUCCACCUUGACCGACUGUGCAUCUGGUACGCUGUCAGCUUUGAGGAGUCCGUUGUCCCUGAUGCAGGUGCGGCGUACGGCCAGAGCCACCUCUCCGGAAAGAAGGUAGAGAGCGACGCUGUGCGGGACUUCUGCACGGAAGUGAUUAUUCCUUUCUAUGCAUCCCGUCUGCCCGAUAAGUGCAAGUCGAUCACACGGAAACUGGGCGUCUCUAGUGCUAUUUCACCUUUCACCAAGCAGGCUCAGACCAAGAAGGCGCCCAAGGGAGAGCCUGGUACUCCUGUUGAACGGCAACAGGCGCAGAAGCAGUCUCGUCGUCGUACCUUCCAGCGUGUGCUUACAGAUCAGAUGACGUCUCAGCCUCGCCACACCCCGUCUCUGAGCCGGUCGAACACUACGCCAGCGCAGGCCGAAGUGAGACGCAAUUCCUUGGAUCCAUUGUUACCGAUCGCUGGGGCAAGCGUGCGUGGGGGAAUCCAGAAGGCCAAACGCGCUGAAAACCGCGAAGUCGACCUGAACGCCGUCACGCGUCAGCACGAGACGAAGCUCAAGAAGAUGCAGAUGCUGGUAGAGCAGAAGAAGGAACUGGAUGCGGCCAUUAACGCUCUGCGCAAGCCCAACCGCGAACUCGUGGCCAAGGAUAUUGCCGAUGAUGCCGUUAAGCGGCAUUCGACUGGUACUGUGCACAGCACCAGCUCCCGGAAGCCGAAGAACCCCGUGCGUAAUCCCAUGGGACAAGGAGUGCAAGUCGCAGCCACGCCUAAGAAGGGCAGUCGGAAGAAGGAUGCUGUCGUGGGAAUGCCCCCUGUCCCCACGACUUUCUUGCAGUCAUCAUCCAUCUCUAAACCCACGUUCUCGAUGUCCUCUCCCUUCAAUAGUGAGCCCCAGGUGAUCCCUGGCUCGACUAUUCGGUCUGGUUCAUUGUUCUUUGGAUCCUCCGGUCGUGGCGGAGGUAGCACAGUCCAGGAGACCCCAAUUCGUCGUCCAGCCCAACCACUCUUGGCUGAUCCCACCGCAUCACCAUUGUCGAGUGGUUCCGGUGCCCUCUUUAGGGUCCCGCCCCGCCAAUCGGCGGUGCCAGCAGCACCGCGCCCUGUGGACAUGGCCCCCUCCACACCGGUGCAGUCUCGUCGGCACGUGGACACCUUCCUCCCGCGCGUCAAGCCAUCGAUGGUGAUGGAGACACCCCCCAAACCGGCCCUCAUACCCGCCGCUGUCCCCGCUGGGAUACCUAUCCCUGAAGACAACCCGGUCCCCAGCCAUGUUCUUUCCGUUGAAACCCCCGUCAAAGCGCCGGCAGCCGUGUUCAGCACGCCGGUGCGGAAGCCCAGUGCUGCCAAGCUGAUGGUGCCGGCCACCUCAGCCGCGGUCCCGGUCACGCCGGAGAAAUCAAUCUAUUCGGCACUGGGGUGGGAUGAUGAUGAUCUUGCAAUGUAGGCGUUUGAGCACUUUGUUCUUGAGUUAGUGAUACAUCGGCGGUGCUUUUUCUUGUCAUGCAUUCAGCGGGCGUCUACUAGGCACAUUCUUUUUGUUCUGGUCUCAGCGUACAAGUUUAUUGAUAUAUCCAGCUAGUGAAGGUAUAUAGAAUGGGAGAAGCAUGUUUAGGUCUUCAUUCAAGGCUCUCAACUUGCUUAGUGAAUCACAAAAGCCCUGUAGUGAAUGGUUCUCAUUAAUCUCUUCG